AUGCGCUUCCUCUCUCUGGCUCUCCCCUCGAUCUGGGCGUUCGUCCUCAUGGCAUCUACUACUUCGGCACCUGCUGCUCCGGUAUCUCCAGAAUUUACACCUGCUCUAAGGAUAUCACCUAUCUGUAGACCCGUUAGGUCCCAUGCCACAUUAUCCGGCCCUUACUCUGUCUCACGCAGGAAAUUCUCUUCUAUACCCACUGCCACUCCCAGUGCCGCUCCCACACUUCUUGAAACUGAAAUUCCAUGGUAUGCUAAGUCUCAUGGGCCCAGACCUUGGCGAGCGGAUGCUGACGACCACGAGACUAGAGCCAUCCUUUUGAACUAUGCCGGUCGCCGGCCCAUUUCUUCACCUAAGGGGCCCUAG